GGUGCCAUGGUUUGCUUCUGCAGCUAAGCAAACAGUAUUUUGUUAUAUCAGACUUACUGAAUUGUAAACAAAAUAUGUUGGAGCUGUCUGAGGCUUUUCUCUAUAACAAAGAUGGCUUCUUGCAUCCAUAUGUAUGAUUAUAAGAAAAAAGAACUGUGCAUUAACAACUGUUAAAGACAGAAGUGAUCAAGAGCAUUAUCUGGAGAAACAGAGGAGAGAGAACAUUGCCUUGCAGCUCAAAACUUGCAGUAGGAAGAGUAAAAGUCUGAGCAAAUCAGAGAGCAUGGCUUCUGACGCUAGUCAUAUGCUUGAAGCAGCUUUGGAGCAGAUGGAUGACAUCAUUGCAGGAACAAAGUCAGCUGCAGAGUAUGCUAAUGGUGCUUAUGAUAUUGUGUCACCUGCUCCGUCAGUAUACUUGGGCACAUUUCAAAUUUUACAUCUCUUGGAAGAUCUAAAGAUGGCGUUAGAAAUGUUAGAGGAUCCACAAGAGAAAGAAGCAUUGCGAAAUCAAAUUCCAGGGGCCACAGCAGUGUGUAUAAGAGAGUGGUUUGAAGAGAAUCUGUCACAGGUGAAUCAUCAUUCAUCUACUAAUAAUGAAACCUAUCAAGAAAGAUUGGCACGACUAGAAGGUGAUAAAGAGUCUCUCAUACUGCAGGUGAGUGUUCUUACAGACCAGGUGGAAGCUCAAGGAGAGAAAAUCCGGGACUUAGAAAUCUGUCUUGAGGGGCAUCAGUUGAAACUGAAUGCUACAGAAGAGAUGCUUCAACAGGAGCUGCUAAGUCGAACAUCACUAGAGACUCAGAAAUUGGAUCUAAUGGCUGAAGUUUCAGACCUGAAAAUUAAGCUGGUUGGUAUGGAGAAGGAACAGAGUGAAUAUGAAGAGAAACAAAACAAAGCUGAGGGUUUGCUACAGGAACUUAGACACCUCAAAAUUAAAGUGGAAGAACUGGAAAAUGAAAGAAAUCAAUACGAGUGGAAAUUAAAAGCAACUAAAGCAGAGAUAGCCCAGCUUCAGGAGCAAUUAGCUCUCAAAGAUGCAGAAAUAGAACGCUUACAAAGUCAACUAUCUAGGACCUCAUCACAUAGCGAAGUUGCAGAAAGAGAUCAAGAAGUUCAACGGUUGAAGAUAGGAAUGGAAUCUUUAUUGGCUGCAAAUGAAGAAAAGGACCGCCGAAUAGAGGAGUUAACACUAUUGCUAAGCCAGUACAGAAGGGUCAAGGAAAUAAUGAUUGCAGCUCAUGGCUCUUCAGACAGAAUUCUAUCUGGUGGCAAUGAAGAGGAACUUGAGGCAACUUUAAGGAAAUGGAAUAUUUUGAACAAUCCUCAAGGAGAUCUAUUUAAAUCAGAGGCCUCUUCAGGAGAAUUGCCACCAGCUACGUUAUCUCCAGUGCCACACAAAGCUACAGAAAUCAGUGGAACCAUUCCAGUAUCUUCAACUAAUCUAACCCCUUCACAAGAAGAAACUUUGGAAAUCCUAAAUAGGGUCCCACAGAAAAAAAAAUCAAGUAGUUUAGAAGACUUGCAGAGUGAAUCCCUGGAAAAGUAUGUAGAAGGAAAACCAGUACAGCCUGUUGUAGAACAAGAGAGUAAGCCAAUUGUGAAAGGCAGCAAAUACCAAACUUUGCCAGGAAAACUGCCUCGACCCUUACAGAAUGGAGAACAGGGAACAUAUAACACAUCAAAUUCACCAGACUCAUGUGGCAUGAACGACAGUGAGGACAACAGCAUCCUGGGCCUGAAUCGCAUCAGGAGUGUCAGUGCACCAGUGCUAGGAGAAACAGAGAACGUGGAUGGUACAGUAGUCUCAGAUGACCUUUCACCUCUUUCUUCUGGAACGGAUUCAGGUCCACAGUCUCCACUGUCUCCAGAAAAUAGAAAGAGUCCAAAAGGGAUCAAGAAAAUCUGGGGAAAAAUACGAAGAACUCAGUCUGGUAACUUCCCUGCAGACGAUCUGGGUUUGGCAGAGUUCCGAAGAGGCGGUCUCCGUGCAACAGCUGGGCCUCGGUUAUCCAGAUCAAAGGAAACCAAAGGCCAGAAAAGUGACUACAAUGCUCCAUUUGCUCAGUGGAGCACUGAGAGAGUUUGUAACUGGCUUGAGGACUUUGGUCUAGGGCAGUACGUCAUUUUUGCACGGCAGUGGGUGACUUCAGGCCAUACGCUGUUAACUGCAACACCUCAGGACAUGGAAAAGGAAAUGGGAAUAAAGCAUCCACUGCACAGGAAGAAAUUAGUUUUGGCCAUUAAAUCAAUAAAUGCAAAACAAGAUGAGAAAUCUGCACAACUCGAUCAUAUCUGGGUGACACGCUGGCUUGAUGACAUUGGUUUACCUCAGUACAAAGACCAGUUUCACGAGUCCAGAGUUGAUGGGAGAAUGUUGCAGUAUUUAACUGUGAAUGAUCUUCUCUUUCUGAAAGUCACCAGUCAGCUGCAUCAUCUGAGUAUUAAAUGUGCCAUUCAUGUGCUGCAUGUCAACAGUUUUAACCCCCACUGUCUACGCAGAAGACCAGUUGAGGAGAAUAACGUUUCACCUUCUGAAGUAGUGCAGUGGUCCAAUCACAGAGUGAUGGAAUGGCUCAGAUCAGUUGAUCUGGCAGAAUACGCACCAAACCUUCGAGGAAGUGGAGUGCACGGUGGCCUCAUUAUUCUCGAACCUCGCUUCAAUGGUGACACACUGGCAAUGCUGCUGAAUAUUCCACCUCAAAAGACCCUACUGCGACGCCACCUAACAACCAAUUUUAAUAUAUUAAUUGGACCAGAGGCACAGCAAGAAAAAAGAGAUAUAACAGAGUCAACAGCAUACACACCUCUGACCACCACUGCCAAGGUUCGGCCAAAGAAACUUGGAUUUUCACAUUUUGGAAACUUAAGAAAAAAGAAAUUUGAUGAAUCAACAGAUUACAUUUGUCCUAUGGAUACAAAUCCAGGUGCUACAAAUGGUACUCAGAAGAACUAUGGUGGAUACAAAGGACUUAGUCCAUUCACUGAUAGGGAGCUGGAUCAGAUGGAACAUUCAGAAGGAACAGUAAAGCAAAUAGGGGCUUUUUCUCAAGGCAUAAGCAAUCUUACGACAAUGUUAAGCCAAGAUGAAAUGCUAAAUGACAGCAGAUUUUUAACACCUACCUUUGAAGACUGGAGAUGAUGUUUCAGUGUGACCAAGAACACCAAUACCUCAUACCUGUCCAGAGGGGUGGCCAGGAGACACUUGAUGCUGUGGUACUGCAGAGUUUUGCCUCUUUCCCACCAGUGAGACUCACCACAUAGCAUUUUUUUUUUUUUUGCUAACAUAGCAACACUUCACAGGUUACUUCCCUCUGCACUGUUUCUGUAUUACGUAAUGUCAAAUAGGUAUUGAGAGAAGUUGUACAGAACUGUUUAUUUUCUAGAGUCCGGAAAGACAGUAUGUUUUACCCUUGUAUUUUGUCAUCUUUUUACAUGUGUGUUUCUGUACUGCUCUAGGAAAGAGCUUUUAUAUUUUUUUAUUUUUAUAAUUAACUUGUAAUGCAAGAAUCAUUAAUAUUCUAUUUUACCACAUGGACUGACCAUAGCCACAUAGCAAUUCAGACAGAUGCUGGUAAGUGCAGCUCUGAUGGCUCACUAAGUACUACUACAGUCUUGCCAGAGAUACUUUCAUCCCUUUCAUUAGUACAGGUCCUGCCCUCUUUCUCUGAGUGCAGUGUAGAAGGGGAAAAUAAAAGAUUACUAUGCACCAAGCCCUUGCUUUUAUCAGGAGGAUGACAAUCUGGAUGGCCUGCUCACACAUCUUAAACUAACUCAAAGAUACUGAACAGCUGCAGCAGGAAAAGUUAUGUAACAUUGAGACUACCAAGAGAACUAGUAGAUUCAAAAGCUGGCUCUUUGUUUAAAUUGAUUUUUCUUUACUUUUUGAUUUUUACAUAAGCACUAAGUUGUUCAUGAUCAAGGGGCAAUCACAACACUAAUUAAUAUAAAAUGUAAGUUUAAAAUGUCAGGAUAAUGUUUGCUGUACUCUGUAAGCACAACAGAAUUUCCACCGUGAUUCCCUGUUUUGUUUUAAGUGAUGUGUCCUUAAGUAGAACUAUUGAAGGUGCUUUUUCUGUACAUUUACAUUUGUCUAAAGUGGUUGGUACUGAGGCACAUGUGCAAACACCAGGAUGCUCAUAAGCCUUCUAAGCAGUUUAAACAGUUCAGAGAGAGCCUUCUAAGACCAGUAAUGACAGGCUUAUUACCAUUGUAUUUUCUUUCUAGUGUUACAGCUAAUAAAACAUACAUGUGUACCUGCAAACAGCCCUCAGGCCUGGUGCCUGUAGCAGAAACUGUAACAUUUGCAUGAGAACUGGUGAUGUUUCUAUAAACAAUAUUGCUAUUUCACCCUCAGUUGUCUUUUCAUCCCAGCUACAGAUAGAUUUUCAUAGAGUAUUUUAUUUAUCAAUAGGAGGUCAAUACUAUUGUCCUGUUAUGUGUAAAAUGCCACUAGGGAGCAUCAGACAAGUACCAUCAUAAAACAAGCUUUUUUUUCUUUGUAACCUAACAAAAUAAAUCUGCUGCUAUUCUGCUGAGCUAGGCUGGACUGCAGCACUGUAACAGAGGGAAAUACACCCUCUGACUACUUACUUGAGGGGCAGUUCAAGGGUCAAAGUGUCUCUUUUACAGCAACAAUUACUUGCGGCAUCUGUUGGCAUGUGCCUGUAUUAACAAGGUACUAGCAGGAUAUCUUAGUAAACAGAGAAAUGCCAGAAAAGAAAUCUACCAAAUUAUAAAGAAAAGUCUCUGUAUAUGAAUGGUUUAUGUUACGCUCCUUUCUGGCUUCAGGAUGUUGGUUUAUGUAUCAAUAUAGCCUGAGGGCAGGCCUAGCCAUAAACCUUCCCAAAUUAAAGGGAAAUCUCAGGUACUGUCCAGAGUAUGUAGCAUGGGCUCUUUGAAAGCCAUCAAUUGCACUUUUUAAAGGUAGCCUACUCUAGCCCUCGCUCCAUGAGCCUCUCCUAACAGACCCUACACUGUAUUGCCACAUUUUAAAAGCUAAAUGAAUAAUUUAAUUGUCCAAAAUGUUAAAAUUAAGGCUACUGGAUUUUUUUUGUUUGUUUGUUUCAAUCACUGAACAAUACACUGCUAAUUGAAAAUCAGUAGGAGUGAGAAAGCAGCCAACUAAAAAUACUUACUAAAGGCUACCAAGCAUACCAGUCAAGCACAUCUCUAAUCUGGCAGUUUACACUAACGACCAGAUCAUAUACUACAGGGACACUAAAUACUCUGUCAGUUUAAUUAACCAAACUUAAGUAUUGCAGUAUUACAACUAGGAUAAGCUGCUCUGACAGGAGCAGCCUUAAUGUCACUGAGAUAUUCCAAGCAGAUUCUUUUGAGGAUGUAUUUAUAACUCGUUGUGGUAUUGUGCUAUCCUGGCUGUGAAUAUUCAACCUACACAAUCUUUUUUUGUAUAUAGUAGGAAAUCCUAGUUAUAGCAAAGGCAUAAAUGCAUAAAUUCUUGACUGUUAUAAAUAAAUUGUGUAUAUUCCUCUA